CUCACGCUCGCUCCCCAUGGCCGCCGGCGCGAGCAGGCUUCCGCCGCGUCUCACCACGCUGGCGGUCUUCUCCUCCUCACCGACGCCGAACCCCAACAGGCGCAGGACCAGGCUCCCGCCGAUCUCCAUCUCCAUGGACCCGGCCCUCGCCGACCCGGCCCACGUCCAGGCCCUCAUGCUCGCCUGCGCGCACUCCUGCGCCAUCCGCCUGCCCGCGCCGCCGGGCGCCGCCGCGAGGACGGAGCCCGUCGACAUCCGCAAGCUCCGCACCGCGCUGGCGCACAGCUUCCUGGUCGUGUCCGUCUUCUGCGGCGCCCGGUUCCUGGAGCUGGAGGACGGCGACGGAGCGGACGACCGGCGGUUCCUGGGCCUGGAGCUGGGCCUCGGGCUCGGGCGGCGCGGGGAGCAGCGGCUCGUCGGGUUCGGACGGGCCGUCUCCGACGUCGGGCUCACCGCAUCCGUCCAUGACGUCGUGGUUCAUCCGUCACUUCAGAGGAGAGGAAUUGGCAGAAAAAUACUUGAGAAAAUUACAAGGGUACUCCAUAGCAGAGGAAUCUAUGACAUUUCCGCGUUAUGUACAGGAAAGGAGAGGCCAUUUUUUGAAUCAUGUGGAUUUGAUGAUGAUGCAAUGGGUUCCACGACGAUGAUGUACACUAAAAGCAUUCAGAAAUAGUAUUCCUCCUGAUGAUUGCAAAUCCACACCAUGAUGAGAUUGGUGGCUCCUUUGACGUGUUAACUGCUGCUACUUCAUAAUGCUGACAGUGAAAAGUAUUGAGAUCCAGCAGUAAUUAUUUACCUCCUCCAGCUGGAUAUGGUAUCCAAUGUGUGCAAGCCUUUUCUGGCUUUGUAAGAGGAAAACCACCUGAAGAAAUUAGAUAUACUAGUGUAUACGGUAUACCAUAUUAGUAUGUGUGGAAGUUGGCAUUACCAAGCAUGUCUCAGAGUCCAGACUAGCAUCUAUAAAUUUUGCCACUGAUUGUAAAAGCUUACUGUGGUUACACAAAUGAAUACUUGUACGCAUAUUUUUGUUGUUGAAGUUUAUGUAUGUCA